AUGUACUUCUUUAAAUGUAUCAUAGAUGCCUUCAGACCUGGGAUAAGAUACACUUUUAAUGUGUAUGGAAUUCAAGAUGAUAGAAGUUAUUUACUGGAAAAGAAGGCUAAAUAUCUCAAAGAACUGGAACCAACAGACAGCCUCUCACUUAAUAUAGAUAAAAUUACUAUGAAUUCAUUAACAGUAAGUUGGAGACGUUAUGAUCAAGAAUUCAGGGCUGGUUUUAUUAGAGGUUACAUACUUUACAUGAAAAAGAAUAAUCAAAGCUGUACAGCAAAAGAAUCCAAACUAUUAAUACAUGCAGGUAGUCAAGUAAUAUGCACGUACAACAUUACUAAACCAAACCAAACUGAAUUAACAAUAAGACAUUUGGAACCCAACACAAAGUACCUGCUUGCAAUUAAGGCUUACACUGUCAAAUCUGAAUAUAAUGACAAUGACAACUUUACAUCCGUGUAUACAUCAGCUGACACUUAA